AUGAAUUUUUCGAUAGAAUUAAUUACUUUAAUUCUGCUAAAAUUAUUGACAAUUUAUGGAUUAAGUAUACUUCAAGAAAUGAAUAAAGUUUAUGCACCAUUUAGUGAAAAUAUCACAUCAACAGCUACUAUCAAUCAAAUUGGUCAUGGCCUCCCAACUGCGGAUAAAACAAAUUUAUGCUCACCAGAUAGCCCAAUCACGUAUACAUCUGUUGGAAUCUACUGUGGUAUACGUGAAAUUGUUCAUUGGCCAAAUGGACCAGCAUCAAUGGUUGAUAUUUAUCAUGGAAUACGUUAUGCUCAAUCGCCUACUGGACCAUUACGUUUCAAAAAGCCUGUUGAACCGACUCCGCAGCCGAAAAAAGUUUUUAUGGCUGACAAAUUACCACCUUCAUGUCCACAACCAGUGGAUACAAUGUUUCAGAAUUCAGCAGCUGCUCGAAUGUGGGUACCAAACACACCAAUGUCAGAAGAUUGUCUUUUCUUAAAUAUUUGGGUACCUUCACGUCAGUCAAAUGACAAUCAUUUAAAUUCGAAAGAAAAACUUGCAGUUAUGGUAAGUUCUUUUUAA